CACCUCCUUCUCUCCUUUUCUUGGAGGUUGUAGUAUAAGAUCUCUAUUAUUACCAUCUCAUCAACAACUACAACAAAGUACCAAAAAUCUUCGAAAACUCUGAGAUAUUUUCUUUUUUUUCCUGCGUUAGGGUUUGAUAUUAUUGGAUCGAUAUGGAGAUGCGACAACAACAACAACCAGGAAGGAGAAGAUCAAUGGAAGAUCAUCUGUGUGGGUUGUGGACAAAUGAGAAACAUGUUAAUUUCUUAAACUGGAUGGAAGAUUCAUUUGUUAGAACAAUGCUUAUUGAUCAUCGUAACAAUAAUUAUACAUAUAGAAAUAAUGAUAAUAAUAAUAAUAAGAACAGUGAUUCUCGUACACAUCAACUUAUACCUCUGGAUAGAUUUCUUCCUGAUAGUUCUGAGUCUACUCGGGAUUUAAGACGGCAACACCACAACAAAAUCACCACCACUACUAAAUAUUCAGUAGUAGAUGCGGAUCCAGAUACAGCGACUUCUGCAAGGGAGGAUGAGGAAAUGACGUGUUUAUCUUUAAGACCCUACGAUUCAUCUGCAUCAUCACCAAAUGAUCAGGUGGUCCCGCAAUUUGGUAUGAUAAAGGCCGGUGGUGGUGUUGAUGAUGAUGAUGAUGAUGAUGAUAAGAUGGUAGAAGAGGAAGAAGAGGAAGAGAAGAAAGGAUAAGCAUUAAGUUGCUGUACCAACAAACAACAAAACCAACAGCUAUUGAGUCAGUCAGAGGUUACUUUCGGAUUCGAUUAAAUUUAGAGAAAGAGAGAACUAAUUAAGGUCCCAUUUUAUUAAAAUUAAAAAUAAAUGGAAUUAUUAAUUGAGAUUUUAAUAGUAGUGAAUUAUUUUAAUCAGUGAUGAUACACGUACCGCGAGUCAUCCCGCGGAUCAAACCUGACGAUGGAGAGGGGAGCGAUUCUAGUACUAGGAUUGGUAGCGGGCUAGGGUUGGGAAAUGGGGGCUACUCCCCUCCUCACACUGGAUCAGCCGCGGUAGCUUAAUCAUUUUCGUAUUUUAAUUAGGCUUCCAAACUAAUUGAGCAAUUGUAAUUUGUUAAUGAAAGAUUAUUUUUUUUCUUUUUGUUUGCUAGAUGGAAAUCUAGUACUACUAUCGAGUGAUAAUGACAAUGUGGUUUCAUUAUUAUUUCUUGUUAGAUAGUUUAGAAUAAA